AUGGGCCUUCGCCAUACCAUGGCUACGGCCACGACUGGUGGGGUCCGCCUCGAUACUAUCGAGACCGAUACGACCGCGAUCGGAAAUGGGACCGGGAGCAGGACAAGGAUAAAGAGGGCAAGCCGGCCGACCGGCCCCGGAGUGAGGAUGGGGAGAAGGGCAAGGAGGCGAACUCAGGUCCUGCGCUCGAGCUGGCAAGGAAGCCAUAUCGGCAGAUCAUUGACGAGCUCAUCAAAAACACUGUCCUAUGCCGCAACGACUUUGACCAUAAGAUCCUUCUCCUGUUGGAUGCACUCUGGGAGCGGAACAAGCUGCAAGAUGCCUGCUCCCAUGUCAAGAAAGUGGUGGAGGUCCUUCCACGAGAUAAGGUCACACACUGGAGAGGCUACCUCCACAAGCUGCUGCGAAACUUCGACGAGGAUGCGUACCACGACGUCAAGGGCACGCUGGCAGCUGCAAACGCAGAGAAGCUGCCUUGGAUCCAGGAGAAGCCUCCAGCUUCCGGAGACUCUCUCCGUGUGUGUGCAGCUGAAUUCCAGCCGGGACAGCUGGCUUGGAGUGGAGCUAUCGGGAAGAAUGAGUAUGUGGCAGUAG